AUCCGCGGUUAUUAUUCUGUACACCAUUUUGUGUUUUGUUCAAUUUCACAUUAUUUGUGGGAUUUGACAAAUCUGAUUUUAUUAAUUCAUCUUUUAUUUAAUUCUUGAUGUUGUUAACAUCAUGAAAUGUUUACCUGUGUCAUUGUUAUUCGUGUGAAUCAAAACAAAAGGAAUAAUUUUAUUUAAUUUUUUAUGUCUGUUGUAAAUUUCCUCGACACAUAAAACCCCUUCUUACUUUUACUGAAUAUGUCAACAGAGCCAUCAGCAGCACGAAUUGAUUUACUUAAAGAUGACAAGAAUGAUGCUGUGAAUAAAAUUAAUAAUAAUUUUCAAUCAACUGCUGGUUUACCUGGAAAAGAACCAGGUACACCAACAGCAACGCCUCAAAAUGGAUGCAAUAAUAAUAAUAACAAUAACACCAGUAGUUUAACCAUCAACAUAAAUGCCGCCAAUAAUAAUAACAAUGCCAAUAUCAAUAUGCUUUCUCCUGAGGCUUCAUCAACUUCAUCAUCAACACAUGAUCCUACUCACGAUUUACCUCCAGCUUUAUUUCAGCAAGGUUGGAGGGUGGUUUGGUCAAAGCGCGAACAACGGCCCUAUUACUUUAAUAAGACUACCAAUGAAUCUCUCUGGGAAAUGCCUCCAUUGACCGGAGAAGGAGGUGAUUAUGACCCAUUAACCGAUCCAUUGGGAAUUUCAGCCCCUGAACAAAAUCAUAAACCUCUUAGGAUAGGUGAAAAAAGGUCAUCAUCGUCAUCAUCGGACGAUCCAUAUAGUGGUACUCACAAAAAAUUCAUUUUAAGUGGACCAUGGGAUUUGGAAGUUACCUCAAAUGUUAUCAUCUGGGAGCGGGCUCCUGUUAUAGUACCACAUCCACAUCCUGAUAUUGAAAUUCUUCGUCUCAAUUAUCUUAUGAAACUCCGUUCACAAUACCAAGAGAUGUGCCAUACUCGAGAAAAUAUCGACGCACCUCGUGAAUCUUUUAACCGAUGGUUGAUUGAAAGAAAAACUAUCGACAAAGGCGCUGACCCUGUGUUACCCAGUAAUUGUGUACCUGAGAUAUCUAGAUCAUUGUACAAUGAAAUAAUAACUGAUAUACCCAUUCGCUUAACUCGACCUAAGUUUGGUGCAGAAGCCAGAAAACAACUUUCGCGGUAUGCUGAAGCAGCAAAAAAGAUGAUUGAAUCUCGUAAUGCAAGUCCAGAGAGCCGAAGAAUCGUCAAAUGGAGUGUUGAAGAAGCUUUCCAAUGGAUUAGGAAAACUUUGAAUGCUACAUUUGAAGACUAUGAAGAACGCCUUAAGCACCUAAGAACCCAGUGUCAACCUCACUUAACUGAAGCUGCAAAAUCUUCUGUGGAAGGCAUUUGUUCCAAACUCUAUCAUCUGUCAUGUAGCUAUGUAAAGAAAAUUAAUGAGGCCGAAAAAGAAAUUCUCAAGAAAGAUGAGAUUCCUGAAAUAACGGCACCGUUAAGACCACCUAAACCCAAGAAAGUCUAUUGUUAUUCAUUACAAUUGGCUUAUCGAUGUCCAAAGUAUCCUCCAAUUCAAUAUCAUCCUGAAAAGGAUUUCGUUCUUGUAAAGUACAAAACUGAAACUUUGCGCUUAAAACCUCUGUUUCUACAAAAAAUGGAGCAUCUAUACCGUUACAACUGUUACGAUGAUAAAAAGUUUGAUAUUUUUUUACCACGACUCUUCUGUCUCCUCAAACGAUACCAAGUAUUUUUGGGUAACCCUCAAGGAGAAGGAGUUUUUACCCAAGUAUCGCUACCCAAAACCGUUUUUGCUUGUCUAAAUCGUUUGUUUGGUGUCACCUUUGAAUGUUUCGCAUCACCUCUCAACUGCUAUUUUCGGCAAUAUUGUUCUGCUUAUGGGGACGUUGAUGGUUUCUUUGGAUCUCGAGGAUCCAUGUUGAAUUUCUUUCCAAUUGGUGGAUCAUUUCAAGCAUUUCCACCCUACAGUGACCAAUUAAUGGAAGCAAUAUUUGACCAUUUCGAGAGACUUUUAGCGAAUACUUCGGAUCCUCUUUCUUUUAUAAUCUUCAUACCUGAGUACAAAGAAAAUCCAAUCAGCUGCCUUUACAAAAUCGAACUGAGUGUUUUCAAAAGAGCCCAAAUCACUAUCUCAGCCAAUGAUUAUGAACUGCGAAACGGUUAUCAACACAUAUGCGAACCAAACCAACUUCAUUUUAAACCGAAUGUACCGAUGAUGGUCAUUUUCUUGCAAAAUGAACCUGGAUUUACUAGAUGGGGACCCAACUCACAGAAACUCGAAGAAUUGACCAACUCAUUUAAAAUGGCCAAAGAAAGCUCAAAAGAUAAAGAUAUUGGUUUAUUAUCACCUCCUCCAACACCUGGGCCAGGCGUUUCAACCUCAACUGAAAGUUCAUCCAAAGAUUCGACGGUUAAAGAAGCUGGCCCACAACCAAUAACUGAUGUAACCUAAUUCUUGUGCAAAUUGACCAACCCUAACUCUAACUAGAACCAUUUUUGUUCUAUUUUAUUCUGACUUUCUUCCAUCAGAUUAUCUUCGUUUGUUACGAUUGAUGAUCUGCUUUGAUUGUCUCAAUGAUUCCUUCAAAAUCAUUUUUGUUUUCUAAACCUUACCAACUAUUUACGGUGGAUUGUACAUUGCAAUGAACAUUUUACUCAAAAUCUUAAAAGUCAUGGAGAUCAUACCAUAUUUGCAUCAAAAUUCAACAAAAAAAAUAUUAAGUUUUUAUGUGAUCAUAAAUGAGUUCAUCUGUAUCUAGUGCGAAAACUAACAAAAGACGUUGUCUCGGUUGUUUUAACUUCCUUUAUUAUCAACCCAAACUUCAUUCAAAAUUGUCAUCGUCCAUUAUAUAUACAUAUACUUUAAAACGUCA